AUUACUUGAGUAACCUGCAGUUCAGAGUCUGGACGAAGAUGCAGGAAAUUCUCCAACACAAUCCAUUGACUCUAGAUCCAAACACAGCACAUCCUCGGCUCACACUCUCUACUGAUUUGACCAGUGUGUCGUUCAGUGAUUUAUGUCAAAAUCUUCCUGAUAAUCCAGAGAGGUUUGACAAGUAUCUAUGUGUUCUGGGUUCUGAGGGCUUUAACUCAGGAACACACUGCUGGGAUGUGGAGGUUGGAGACAAUACAUACUGGAAUGUUGGAAUAACCACAGCAUCAAACCAAAGGAAGGGAGAGGUUUUCUUUAAGUCUAAUGUCUGGCUUGUGCAGUACAUAGACAGUAAAUACAGCUCAAAAUCCCCAGAUCAACCCUUCACUCUCUUCACAGUUAAAGAGAAGCUGCAGCGUGUGAGAGUUCAGCUGGACUGUGACAGAGGAAAGGUGUCCUUCUCUGAUCCUCUAACUAACAUCUGUCUCUGCUCAUUCACAACAACCUUCACAGAGACUGUCUUUCCAUUCUUAUAUAAUCGCUGCACAACUUCCCCUCUGAGGAUCCUACCAGUUAAACUGAUUGUAACUACAGAAAAUCACAGUUAA